AUGGCAGCACGCCGGUUGCGGCUUGACGUGGGCCGGCUGUUUGCGGUGGGGGCAGAGCUGGGGAGCGGAAGACGAGCUUACUGCACGUCCCAGGCCUUCGCGGAGGUUCUACGGCUGCCCAGCAAGCAACUGACGAAGCUCGUGUUCCCACUGCAAGAACUCGAGCGGCAUUUUGUCCCGGGCUCGAGGCCCGACCUUCACUUGAAGAUCUUCGACCCGAGCCUGGAUGACAUCGCGAGGGCGGAGAGCGUCUUCACGGCCUCCUCGCGGAACCGCAUCGAGUACCUCAGCUCCGCCGUGCGUCUCGACCACGCCCCGGACCUCCGCCGUCCUGAGGUGUGUUUUAUAGGCAGAAGCAAUGUUGGAAAAUCCUCUCUAAUAAAGGCUUUAUUUUCACUUGCCCCAGAGGUUGAAGUUAGAGUCUCCAAAAAACCGGGCCACACAAAGAAAAUGAAUUUUUUCAAAGUUGGAAAAUAUUUUACAUUGGUGGACAUGCCAGGUUAUGGCUAUAGAGCACCUGAAGAUUUUGUUGACAUGGUAGAAACCUAUCUAAAAGAACGAAAGAAUUUGAUGAGAACAUUUUUGUUAGUGGAUAGUGUUGUUGGAAUUCAAAAAACCGACAACAUUGCCAUAGAAAUGUGUGAAGAAUUUGCAUUACCUUAUGUGAUGGUGUUGACAAAAAUUGACAAAUCUUCCAAGGGACAUCUUUUAAAACAAGUCCUUCAGAUCCAGAAAUUUGUUGACACUAAAACACAAGGAUGUUUUCCUCAGUUGUUUCCUGUAAGUGCUGUGACCUAUUCUGGAAUCCAUCUCUUGAAAUGCUUUAUAGCAAAUAUAACAGGAAAUCUGAAGACUAAUGGCUUCCAGUUUAGCUGAAGAUUCAAAAUUGUCUAUGCCAACUGAAGUUAAAGACUUAGAAUUUCAACAUUGUUUUAAAUGUUGUGUAUCUGUAACUUGCAGAAGGAUCACUUCAGCUUUAAAACCUGCAUAUUCCCAAAGCAAGAAUGAAUUUGUGCCUGCAGCGGGGGAAAGGUUUAUACAUGAUUGAAUCAUGCUGUUCAUUAGAAGAGAUACCAGCCGUUUUUCCUAUUUUAACAAACUGACAAACAAGAGCAUAUAGAGGUCCAUAAAAUGAAAAUCUGUUUCCUACUGUGUAGACAAGGGUUUGCCAUAUUAUUUAUUGGGUUUUUGUCUUUUAAAGGAAUGUCUAUUAUGUAUAUUUUUUAAAAAUAUUACAAUGGACUAGGUAAAAAAGGGGCUACUUUUCUGUUAAGCACUAAUAGAUAGGUUGAAGAUAAAUUCUUAUAUGUAUGGCUAUAACUUAUCUUUUUUUAGAGAACUUAUUUGAAUAUAAAAAAAUUAUUCUUGAUAAAAUUUCAGUCGGUCCAUAGUGGAAAUACCAGUUAUUUCAGGCUGGGGUCAGUCACCUUCACAGGGUUCAGAAUCAGAAGACCAGAAUUCAAGUUCCAGUUCUCAUAUUUAUUAUAUGUUGGACGUUGGGCAAAUUACUUGAGUUCUCUGAACUUCUUUUGUAACUCUACCUCAGAAGCUAUGAAGAUUAAAAUGUGAAAAGGACAUCUGCAUAUUCUACGUAUUUGUAAAGCAAAACCAACUCAAGUAUAUAGCAAAAUUCACAGGUAGAUUUAUCACAGAAAACAUCCUGUCAUGGAGGAAGUAACAUUUUAUCUAAUGAAAGACCAAAAAAAAGUUUUAGGUGAGAAAAGUGAUUUGCAAAGGGCAAGAGAAAAAGUUGAUCGGACAGUUUAUAAUUGGUUCGUUAAGAUUCAGAAUGGAAAGACAAAGCCUUACUUUGAACUAAUGUUAAUGGAAAAUAUUUUUGUGAAGAUGCUACUGACCUAUUCAUAUAAGUGGCUUAGCUUUUCAAAGUGAGGCUGAAUAUUAAAAUGUUACAGCAAUAGCACUAGAUAAAAAAUUAACUCUGUAAAACAACUUUGUGACUUUUUUAGAAAAUUCAAUUCUGGAUAUGUUUUCAGUUUUAUAGUUAGUAGUGCUGGUUUAUUCUAAUCAGCAGUGAUUUAAGCUUAAAAACAAAAAACAAAAAACUUUUAAGGGUUUCCCUGGUGGUGCAGUGGUUAAGAAUCUGCCUGCCAAUGCAGGGCACAUGGGUUCGAGCCCUGGUCCGGGAAGAUCCCACCUGCCGCGGAGCAACUAAACCCGUGCACCACAACUACUGAAGCCCAUGCGCCUAGAGCCCGUGCUCCACAACUAGAGAAAGCCCGCGUGCAGCAACGAAGACCCAACGCAGCCAAAAAUAAAUAAAUUAAAAAAAAACUUUUAAUAUAUGCAUUCACCAAGUAAAAUAUGUAACAGAAUUUCUUAAAAGUCAUCUUUCUGCCUGCCAGUGUUUUUUUACUGCUUGUCUUAGCCUUGGUUCUGGUUCUCCUAAAAGCAUGGCCCAAGACAAAAGCUUGCGUCCAAUAGUUUACUGGGGAUGUGAUCCCAGGGAACAGGAGUGAAGGGGAAAUGAAACAGAUGGCAGGAAAGCCAAUCAAGGAUGCAUCGAGUUGGAAACAACAUAGUACUAGGGCUUGAUCUUGAGGAGCCUUAUGAAAUGUGCCUUUGAAUUGUCUUUGAAGGGGGGUUAGAGGACGGCCCCACACCUCUCCCAAGUUGUAUAUGCCCAAAUGCCUAGCAGUUCCUGUAGCUUGUCAGAAGCCAGGAGGCAAGGUGCAGUUGCCCAGUCCUGCUUGAAACUGGUUGCCAUACUAGUGGCUCAAGUAAGAGGCCAAGAGGAUUUGAAGUGACAUAUGGGAGGUCAACCACACUGCUCUUAAAAUGACCAGAGUGUU